AUGAAGGCUGUCAUUUUGGAUUUCCGGUCUGAGUCACCUGUCCAAGGAAUCAGCUCUAGGGUAGAAACACUGUCUGUAGAGUCUCCGAUGGUUCCGACAAGGGAAGACUAUGUGGCAAGCAAAACCUGUCUAGUCUGUCUGGUAGGGAUAGGAAAACCUUCGGGGGAAAUAACAAAACUUCUAUCUUCUGCAAGGCAUCCAAACCCUGGACACCCUACUUCAAAAAGGACAGAGGCCAUGCUUUCAGCUCCAUCAGGAUAA